GGCGCAAAAUGGAGACGUUCACCAUCCAGGACGUGCUCAUGAACUCAACUGAUCUCAACAAGAUCUUGUGCAAUUUCGGGAUCAGGAAUCUGUCGGAAUGUGAGAGCGAAAAGAACCUGCCUGCCGAACCAAAAGACAUCAACCAGACAGUCCGGAUCAUCCUCUACAGCCUCAUCUUCCUCCUCAGCGUCCUGGGGAACAGCCUCAUUAUCGCCGUCCUGGUGAGGAACCGGCGCAUGAGGACCGUCACCAACCUGUUCCUGCUGUCCCUGGCCGUCAGCGACCUCAUGGUGUCCCUGGUGUGCAUCCCCUUCACCUUCAUCCCCAACCUCAUGAGGGACUUCAUCUUCGGCACUGGCAUAUGCAAGCUGGUCAUGUACUUCAUGGGCGUCUCAGUGAGUGUUUCUACCUUCAACCUGGUGGCCAUCUCUUUGGAGCGCUACAGUGCCAUUUGCAACCCGUUGACCUCCAGGGCAUGGCAGACGAAAUCGCAUGCAGCCAAGGUUAUCACUGCCACCUGGGUGGCGUCCUUUAUCCUGAUGCUGCCUUACCCCAUUUCUAGCACCCUGAAGCCCUUUACCCGCCUCAACAACAGCACUGGACACAUGUGCCGCCUGGUGUGGCCCAAUGACGUCAUCCAGCAAUCCUGGUACGUGUCUCUGCUGUUGAUCCUCUUCUUGAUCCCCGGCAUUGUCAUGAUGACAGCCUAUGGACUCAUCUCCUUGGAGCUCUAUCGGGGAAUCAAGUUUGAGUUGUCCAAAAGAAAAUCUAGCAGAGACCGACAACUCAGCACCGGCAGCAUCAAGCCGGGUGACAGCGAUGGCUGUUACUUGCAGCCGUCUAAAAGGAAAAGCUUGACGGUGGCUACAGGCAUAUUUCCCAACUCUACCAGCACGCCCAUGGUGGGACGGGUGUGCAGCAACAGCUCUACAUCCAACCUCAUGGCCAAGAAGCGCGUGAUCCGCAUGCUCCUGGUCAUCGUCUUCCUCUUCUUCCUGUGUUGGACGCCCAUCUUCGUGGUCAACGCGUGGCAGGCUUUUGACCAACGCUCGGCCCACCGUCUGACGGGCGCUCCCAUCUCCUUCAUCCACCUGCUGUCCUACACCUCGGCCUGCGUCAACCCCAUCAUCUACUGCUUCAUGAACAAGCGCUUCCGCCAGGGCAUGCUGGCCACCUUCACCUGCUGCCGCUGCUUCAGGAAGAGGAACGGCGCAAGCAGCAGCUCAGGCAGGUCGGCUGGAAGCAGACUCACCAAAGUGGAAGCGGGCAGAUCCAAAACGGGGCCAAGGAACCCAGAGCAGAACGGUCACACUCCCCCAAGUGGUGCCAGCACACGGUUUACCUAUACCGGCAUUCGUGGGUCAGCUUGGAGCGAGCUAACCUAACCUGGACUGCUAUCUAAGAUGUUUGACUUUAACCAC